AGGAUUGAAAUUUACACAGUAUCGACGUGGUGACAAUCUGAACACUACUGUGCUCCAGUUUGCGAACCUCUGACUUCAAGGAUUUUAACCGUUAUUUCUAGUUAAAACGCAUAAUUCAAAAACAUAACUCAAGAAUUCGAAAAACAACUUAUUUUACACGUUUCAACAAUUACGUUAUCUUCGAUUGACGUUAAAACAGGAACAGGUAUAUUGAGAAUGAAUCAUAUCAGGAGCUUACGUCACACUGUAUCUUGUUUAAAUAUCUGUAAUUUGGAAUUUCUUAAAAGACAGAUAUUAAUCAAAAAUGGAUAUAGAGAAAUACAUCAUUCAUGUAAAGUGUUAGUAGUUGGUGGUGGUACUGGAGGUUGCAGCAUGGCUGCAAAAUUUGCUGAUAAAUUUAAAGACCAAGUUAUCAUAGUAGAACCAAAUGAGUUGCAUUAUUAUCAACCAAUGUUUACUUUGAUUGGGGGUGGCAUAAGAUCUUUUGAAGCAUCGAAAAAGCUAAUGAAAGAUACUUUACCAAAGAAUGCAAAAUGGUUUCAAGAAAAUGUAAUGAGCUUUGAACCACCACAAAAUCAAGUGACGAUGAGCAAUGGAGAUACUGUGCAAUAUGAAAUCAUGAUCAUUGCAAUGGGAUUGCAACUGUAUUGGGAAAAAAUACCAGGUCUAAUAGAGUGUCUUAAAGAUAAUAUGUCAGGUGUUUGCUCCAUUUAUGGAUCUGAUACUGUUAUAAAUGUAUUUCCAAAAAUUGCAAGAACUAAAAGUGGUACUGCAAUAUUUACUUUCCCAAACAGUCCUGUUAAGUGUCCUGGAGCACCUCAAAAAAUUGCUUAUAUCGCAGAAGAUUAUUUUCGAAAUCAAAAGGUACGUAAUAAUGUAAAAGUUGUGUAUAACACUGCUUUGCCAGUUAUAUUUGGAGUUAAAAAGUACGCUGAUGCACUUUGGGAUGUUUGCAAACGAAGGAAUAUUACUGUAAAUGUUCAAACUAAUCUUAUAAAAAUAGAUCCAGCUAAAGAAGAAGCUGUGUUUCAAAAAUUAGAUGGAUCAAAUGAAACAUUUGUUGAAAAAUAUUCAUUGCUUCACGUAUGUCCACCAAUGGGACCACCUGACGUUUUGAAAAAACAUCCUUCAUUAACGAACGAAGUGGGAUUUUUGUCAGUAGAUCCCAAAACUUUACGUCAUACAAAAUAUUCGAACAUAUACGGAAUCGGAGAUUGUAUUAGCGCACCAAACUCCAAAACAAUGGCAGCGAUAGCUGCUCAAGGAAAGGUAUUAUACAAGAACAUUAUGGAUGAUUUGGCUGGUAAACCAAUGACUAUGGCUUACAAUGGUUACUCUUCCUGUCCUUUAGUCACUGGUUAUCGAAAAUGCAUUUUAGCAGAAUUCGAUUAUAAUUUGAAACCAUUGGAAACAUUCCCCGUGAAUCAAGGCCGAGAAUAUUUUUUCACAUUUAUACUUAAAACCUACGUAUUUCCACUCUUAUAUUGGACCUUAAUGACUCGUGGAAAAUGGGAUGGACCUGAAUUUUUCCGGAAAUAUUCGAGUAUGAUAAAAAAGAAGGAAAUUUGAAACGAUUUGCAGUUAAUUAAAAUUGUUUAGGUUGAAAUGUCUAAAUUAUAUA